GUAUAUAUAUAUUGAGAGAGAGAGAGGGAGAGAGAGAGAGAGAGAGAGAGAGAGAGAGAGAGGAAGGAGAUGGACUUUUACCAGGAGUUUCUCCUCACCGUGAUCUUCUGCAUCCUCCUUGCUCUCCUCCUCGGCAAGAUCUCCUCCUCCGGCGGCGGCGGCGGCGAUCGUCCGGAGGCCGCAGCACUCGCGGCGGAUCUAGGGCUUGGGAGGAUCGGGGAGGAGGAGGAGGAGGUGGUGGUGGUGGAUCAUCCUCGUGGAACCCCCAUGGUCGCUGCAGCCGAUCGUGGGGAGGCCGCCGAGGUCGAGGACCUAGGAGAACGGGCGGAGGAGAAGGGUCCGGAGAUCGCCGUAGGAGAGGGAUCGGAACCGCGGAGAUCGUGCGAGGAGAGGGGGUUCGAGAUCCCUGCCGAGGAGAAGGGGGUUGGUGCUGAUGGGAGCGGAUUGGACGGAACCUCUCCGGACCAAACGAAUGAGGAGGUGGAGAUCGAGAGGUCCGAUUCUGGAUUCGCGAAACAGCAAGAUCAUACCGAAAAAUUAGGGUUAAUGGGGGAAGAAGAAGGGGUGGGGGAAUCGUUGCUUCAUUGGGAGGAUGAGUGGGAGGGAAUUGAGAGGAGCGAGCUCGAAGACCUCUUCCAAGUCGCGGUUAAAUAUGCAGAAAGCGAGGUAGGUUCAGAGAAGGUGUCGAAGCUGAGUGGCGAUUCGCAGAUGAAGUUGUAUGGGCUCUAUAAGGUUGCAACAGAGGGGCCCUGCUAUGAGCCGCAGCCAAUGGCAUUGAAGCUCUCUGCGCGAACGAAAUGGAAUGCUUGGCAGAGUCUAGGAAACAUGAAUCCGGAGGUCGCUAUGGAACAAUAUGUGACUCUUCUUUCUGGCAAUAUUCCUGAAUGGGCGGGAGCAGGAGAAAAGCCUAGAGAGGAAGCCAAAGAUAGUGAUGGCAAUGAUUCUCUGGGUUUAAAGGUGUCAGGAUCUGAAACUCCAGACACGAGUUCGGCUUUGCACCAGCAUCCAGAUUCAGCAGUAGAAAGAUUGUUAGAUGAUUCUUCUCGCGCUAAUGUUGACGAUGCAGCGACUGGUCCAAAACUAUCUAAUCUAGGGCUGACCAGAAACUUCCUUUUUAACCUGCUAUCUCCGGCAAGGGUGACAUUUUUAACCUUCUACCGGUAACGAUGUGCUGGUACUUGAAAGGAUUCUGAUGGCUCUGAUUGUUAAAGGGUUCUUUUGCAUACAUAACCCCACAAAUAUGCGAAAUUGCAUAAAUCGCUUGGAAAGUUGGUAUUUCAUGCAUAGCCUAAAAACCUUUCUUAUUUGCACCGGGUUGUUUCCUAGACAGACAUCAAAUAAGCAAGGUUUAUUAGAGUAAUGCACGCAAACACCAACUUCACUUUGGCAUUUGCGUAAUUUUGCAUAUUUUACAAGGUUACAUGUGCAAAAACAACCUGCUGCAGCUUACUUCGGAAAGCAAGGUAAUAUGCGUGUUUAGUCGUGUUUCUCAGUCAGAUGGUUAGUCUCUCUUUAGUGCUUGAUUGGUAUUGGUAUAUAAAGUGACUGUAUAUAUAUUUAUGUACAUAUAAAUAGUAACCAUGGUUUGUUUAUGGGCGUCGUGAGCUUCGUUUAUGCUUUAGUGUGGUUUUCUCCUUAGAUGCAUUUAUCCCAUAUAAAUAUGAUUCCUAGCAUCUCACUGUGGAAUGUCUCUCAUUAAUAAAUUCCGAAAGCCACGUUGCUGCUUAUCUUAAAAAGUUUCUUUGGUCUAAAGAUUCAUCCUAUGUCUCAUAAUGUUUAGAAGUUUGUGUCUUCUGUUAAUGCAAUGAUUGUUUAUUUUAUAAA